ACUAAACUCAGGGAGCAGGAUUCACCCAGGACACGCAGCGGUGCUUCUGCGCAUGCGGGGGUCAGGGUUGACAGUGUCCACACAGUCGUGGAAGGAGUGCGGCGGCGGCGGCGGCGGCGGCUAAGCUAACAGCAACUACCGCAACUAGCUACAUGUGGAGGGUAAAACGGGAGGCAUCCCCCGACCCUAACUCUUGUCAGAAAUUUCCUCCUUUCUACCCGAAACAACUCCAAAGUUCAGCCGCAUCGAAAAUAAGGGAUAAUAUCUGUUUACAAUGAAAGGUAGCCGGAUCGAGCUGGGGGAUGUUACGCCCCACAACAUUAAGCAACUGAAACGUCUGAACCAGGUCAUCUUCCCUGUCAGCUACAACGACAAGUUUUACAAAGAUGUACUGGAAGUUGGAGAGCUUGCAAAGCUAGCGUACUUCAAUGACAUUGCAGUGGGUGCUGUGUGCUGCAGAGUGGACCACUCUCAGAACCAGAAGAGACUGUACAUCAUGACGCUCGGCUGUCUAGCACCCUACCGUAGACUUGGAAUUGGUACAAAGAUGCUGAAUCAUGUGCUAAACAUCUGUGAGAAGGAUGGCACUUUUGACAACAUUUACCUUCACGUGCAGAUCAGCAAUGAGUCAGCCAUUCACUUUUACCAGAAGUUUGGCUUUGAGAUCAUCGAAACAAAAAAGAAUUACUACAAAAGGAUAGAGCCCGCAGAUGCCCAUGUGUUGCAGAAGAGUCUGCGCAGCCCAUGUGCACAGCCCACCGGAGAGCUUCAGAAGGCAGAGUAAGGGGGCACAGCGUUUGGAAAGAGCACAGAUGUGCCCGCCUCCACAGAAACAGAACUGUGACAAGUGCCCCAGGGUCGACACAUUCAACACUUUCUUCAAAGGACGCUAAAAAGAGAAAACAAAUUUAAAGUACAAAAAAAUGCUGCAUUUAUUUUGCAAAGGGGUCCCCUUUGAUUUUUUUUUUUUUGCAUAUUUUAUUUCUCCCCUUUCCUCAUUCGGAUGAUUGAAAAUGACAAAAACGCUCAGUAUCCAAAAAGUGCUCCUAUCGACAAAGUUGCCAACUUCAGACAGUUUUAGACUCGGUGAAGGGGGGGAGGGUGUGGUGUUUGCUAAUUAUACUGUUUGUGUUUGAGUUGUUUUUUAUGCGGUUGUAAAGCUAGUGGGGGGGCAUAUCUAUACUGUUGUGCAAAAAGAAAACAGUUGGUUUGAAGCUGCAAAAAAAAAAAAAAAAGUGUUUGAAAUACCACCACUGACAAACACAAGUCCCACAGCUGGUCAGCUUGGAGUGAUGCUUUGAAGUUGUUACGUGGGAACUGUCACGACUCUAUUCCCUUUUGCCACCUGAACCCUGGGAUUUAUGGGAUGUGUGUCGGACCAGUUUGUUGAUAUGUCGUGUCCAGAGGGCAAAAGCAGAAAUGUAUCUGAACGGUUUUGAGGUGGUGGGAAGACGUGGUCGCCACUCCAUCGGUCACAUUUUCCAGCCUGUUAAUUUAAUUCCCCUUCAUUGUUUUUUUACAUCGAGAUGGCAAACGGUUCAGAGGUUCUCCUGGGUUUACUACAAAGAGUGAAAACAGUAAGGAGCGCGAGCAGAUCAUUGUAUUGAACGUGUUUCUGAGAAGGACACUCCUUGCGUCUUGUGAGGGAAGCUAGAAUAACAACAGAUUGGCUGUUUGGGAUUAGAUUUGGGCAUUAUCAUCAGUAGUAAAAAAAAAAAAAAAAUUAAGGUGUGUGAGGAUGUGUGUCUCUAAAUACAUGGAAGUGUUUGGAGAUAUCUUUACCUUUUAACACCUUUUUCGGCACCUUAUGUAGCCACCUUCGCAGAAACGGUCUUCUCAAACUUAACUGCCUCAAUCAGCUUCAUUUAACACACACACACACCUUCAUUAGGUUUUUUUUGAAGCUCUGCAGACAGUUUGGGAAAAAUUUUUUGGUAUGGUCUUUUUUGAACAGUGUUUUACCCCGAGGAAGCUCUGACCCCUCUGCAUGCAAGGAGAGUUGUGUCCUCUCCACUGUAGUAUAAGCAUGUUUUUCCUUUCUUUUGAAGAAUUUUAUCUUUUCUGGAGCUCUAUAUUGUAAGACUUUUUAACGUCUAAAUAAAGGAAUUACUAUUUGCAGUAAA